AUGGCCAUGGUCGACCUAGUAGGUCGACGCGACGAGCGUUCAGUCCUGUUGUGGCCGCGCUCCGUGCUCCAUCACGGUUCUCCGUUCCUCCCCACGCCACGCACCGGCACCGCGGUCCUGGGCUCCUUGUUGCCACGGCCGCCUGCGCUGGCGGCGUGUCCUACUGUCCUGGCCGUGCGACCGUCGGAAAAGCCGAUCCAAUCAUAUAUUGCCCUAAAUGAGGCUGCUAGAUUGGCCGUGAUAUCGCGGCAAUACGCGCCGACCCCCACAGUUCGGAUCCCCAUAGCGGUCCGUAUCUGCAUCGUACAUGAAAUUAAUAAAAAUCUCCGUGAACGUAUUGAAAAAUAUAAUAGAAAAGUAGAGAUUCAGAAUAUCGAUCACGUAGUGCAAGUGAGGAAUGAGAUUGCUCGUAUUAUAGGCCUUGGUGAAAUAAUGUCUGGUGAAUUGGUCAAAUUUGCAGAAUGGACGAGAGGUAUUGCUAUGAAUUUGGAAUCCAAAAGUAUUGGUAUUGUAUUAAUGGGCGAUAGGUUGAUGAUACAAGAGGGAAGUUUUGUAAAAGGAACAGGAAGAAUUGCUCGGAUAUCCUUGAAUGAGCCGUACUUGGAUUGUGUUAUAAAUGCUCUCGCUAAACCUAUUUGUGGGAGAGGCGAAGUUGCUGCUUCAGAAUCUCGCUUAACUGAAUCUCCUGCUCUGGUUAUAAUUUCUAGGCGUUUUGUAUAAGAACACCUUGAAACGGAGCUUAUUGCUAUCAAUUCGAUGAUCUCCAUCGGGCGCGGUCAGCGAGAGAUAGAUGGGGACAGAUAGACCAACAAAAUAGCAGUUGUCACAAAUACAGUUCUUAAUCAAAAGGGUAAUGUAUUAUAUGUUUAUGUAGUUAUCGGUUAAAGAGCAUCCUGCAUGACUCAAGUAGUAACUACUUUCUACAAAGACGGGCUAUGGAAAUAUACACUAGCUGAAAUGGAGGAUUCACACGCUACAUUACAGUAUCUCACUCAUUAUAUGGGAGCAGCCCUGACUGAGUAUUUUAUGUACCACGAACGAUGUAUUUUAAUAAUUUAUGAUGAUCUUGCAUAAGCUUAUCUCCAAAUGUCCCUUUUAUGAAGACCUCCUGAUCAAGAAGCUAAUCAAGGGGAUAUUUUUUAUUUAUGUGUACAUCUUUUAGAAAGAGGCGCUAAAUUAAAUUCUCUUUUGGGCGAAGAGAGUAUGACCGCUUUACCAAUAGUGGAGACUCAAUUUGUAGACAUUUCCGCCUAUACUCUUACUAAUAUAAUUUCAAUAGAUGAGCAAAUAUUCUUGUCUGCAGAUUUGUGCAAUGCCAUAAUUCAACCAAUUAAUGUGGGUAUUUUAGUUGGAUCCAUAGCUUAAAUUAAAGUUAUGAAAUAAGUAGCUGUCAAAUCAAAAUUGGAACUCGGAUUUCAAGCAUUUGCACAAUUCACCUCUAAUAUGGAUAAAACAAGUCAGAAUUAAUUGGCAAGGGGUGGAUGAUUGAGGAGAUUGCUUAAACAAUCGUCAAAACCUCUUCUACUGGAAGAGCAGAUAGCUAGUACUAUUAAUACCAGAAUAAUCAGAGGUUAUCUUGAUUUGUUAGAAAUUGAACGGGUAAAGAAAUUUGUAGAUAAGUUACCUAAUCACCUCCUAAAAGAUACUAAACCUCAAUUCCAAGAAAUUGUGUAUUCCAAGCAACACACGACCACAAACGUCACCUCGCCCACGGUCCACCAACCACCAUCAGCUGCCUCCUGGACAUCUCCUUCAAUUUCCACACGGCCGCUUCUAUGCUUCCGCGGCGAUGGACCUCUCCACCACUCCACCACAGCCCCUCAACAUCGGCGGGCAGCUGGCUUGCUUAACUCGUGGUGACUUUGCCUGCCGCGAUCAGAGAUCUGUGGAGACU